ACCCCAUCGGAGCCCGUUACUGCGGCACGAACGGUUUCCCCUCUUUCUCCCCUCUCGCGCUCACUGUCUUCUCGUCUCGAUCACUUCCUCCAUUCGAAUCGCUCCAUCUCUCCUUCAGACCUGAUUGAUUUCUGAUGGAAUCACCAGAUGAGACCAUAGAAAUAAAUAUCUUGGAGAGACGCUUGUUGUCAGGUUCAACAUCAAAUGAGUACGCUAGUGCUGAUGAUGACACAGUUCUCUAUAGUGCGUCUUUUGAAGAGAUGGAAGACAACUAUGUCAAGUAUCAAACGGCUUUGUGGAUUCUAUAUUCCUUGCUUCUGAUAUUGGCAUGGGGCAUAGGGGUCUUCAUGCUGCUUUACCUACCAAUACGAAGACACAUAUUGCGGAAGGAUUUUCGGUCCAGGAAGCUAUAUGUCACUACCAAUGCUAUUAUUUACAAGGUGAUAAGACCAGUACCUUUCCCUUGUUUUGGAGUUCUGAAGAAGGAGAAGCAUGUACUUCUCCCAUCAGUUGCUGAUAUUGUAAUUGAACAAGGAUAUUUGCAAUCACUUUUCGGGAUAUAUUCUGUCAGAAUUGAGAAUGCAGGAGUAAGAAGGCCUGCAAGCGAUGAUGUUCAGAUCCAAGGAAUUGCUCAUCCGAGGGCUUUCCGGAAGGCUGUUCUAACACGCCUUUCAAAUAUGAGGAGUGAAGGCUUCAGUCGGCAGGCUUCUGUAACUGAGGGUCCUCAAUCUUCUAUUUCUGGUCCUCUACCUGGUGCUUGGAUGCCACUGCCUGGAGAUAUGAUACUGCAUACACUUAGGGAGGUUGAAAGUUCUGUGAAGAAGGUACAGGCAUUAAUUGAGAAGCAGGCUCCAAAAUCGGCACCUGUAGAUUGAAAAGUGGAACUCCAUGUAUGCCAUGCAUUGAGGAUUGUGAUCGAUAUGCAUCGCUGCUGUCUAAACUCCACUUCCUGGAAGCACUGAUUGCAAUGUGAGCAUGUAGGGGAGAUAUUAAAAUGCAUGUCCUAAAAAAGAACUGGUACCUGCUAAUUCUUUUUCUUGAACUUAAAUGCAUGAUUUCCGCAUGCAGAUGAGGGUAACUAUGCUUUGAUUAAUGUAUGGUUUUGAUUUGCAUAGUUUUGCAAUUGGUCUGACAAUGUACUCAAGGACAAGCUAUUGUGUAGAUAUGAGUGCGUUUGUUUCUGAUCA